AAUUAAAUUAUUUUACCUUUUUUCUCUUUGUAUUAUAUUAUAUCAACUUAAUACACCAUUGACUUGCUCCCUCUUUAAAUAUUCUUGUUAAAACCUCUUUAUAUUUUCUCAAAUUUGUCAUUUAUAAAAUGCCUUUUUCCUCCUUUUCAACAUCAACAAAAUUUGCAUCUAUCUAUUCUUUUGACUCUCUAAUGGAUCCACCGGAAAACACCGCCGGAAAAUCACCAAGACGAGAGCUCCAAGGACCACGUCCGGCCCCACUUAAAGUACGUAAAGAUUCUCAUAAAAUCAGAAAACCACCAGUACCACCAUCACAACACCACCAUCAACAACCACUAGCUCCACCGCGACCACCGGUUAUAAUAUAUACCGUGUCUCCUAAGGUAAUCCAUGCAAACCCUAGCGAGUUCAUGACGUUAGUACAAAGACUAACCGGGCCAAAUCAUCACUCCGCCGCGUGUUCUACCUCGGAAACUGCCACGUCAUCAUUUUAUCAAGAAAAUAUGAAUACCGGUGCAAUAUCUCCCGCAGCUAGGUUUGCGUCGAUAGAGAAAACAAGGGUACAAGAAGGGAAAAAGUUACAAAAAAAUUGUGAAAAUAUCGAAAAUUAUAAUAAUAUGGUACAUGAAGGUAUAGAAAUAGGUACAGAUAUUGAACGUAGUGGAUUUUUUCCUGGAAUAUUAUCACCAAAUCCAUCUUCACUUCAACCUAUACCACCAAAUUUUUUUUCACCACCAUCAAAUGAUCCAAAUCCAUUAGGGUUUUUUUACGACUUAAGUCCCGUGUUACAUAACAACAACAACAACAACGUCAACAACAAGAAUUAUUUUGAAUUACCAAAUUUCUUGCCUAGCCCUUCAAAUAAUAAUUUCAUUUCUCCGCGAUUAUUUUUAUCUCCCGGUACUCCAUCUUUUGAUCUUUUCAAUAACUUAUUCGAUGUUUGAUAUAUAUAUAUAUACACUUAAUUAGUCACUCCAUUUGAGCUUCGAAAUUCUUCAAUGGCGAGAUCGAAAGGGCAGAAAUGGAAUUUCAGAUAUCAGUUAGGACACAAGGAGAAAAGUCAAAAUACCAGCUAGGGUGUUUCUCACAAGUGGAGGUUCUUUAUUUUUCUUUUUUACUAUUUUGACCUUUUGUAUUUGAAAUUAUUGACUAUUUUAUUAUAAGCAUUUUUGGGUGAAAUAUAAUUAAAUAGGUUUUCAUUUU